AUGGUCGACGACAAGAAAACAGACGACUACACGAUCGAGAUGGACGAGAUCGAGAAGAACAAGGGCUUCGAGCCCGUUGCGCCCCCGCCUCAACCUAGGGGCACCUCGACCCUUGCGAACAACAACAGCCCCAUUCUGCCUGUGUUGGCAUACUGCGGGUCGUCGAUCUUGAUGACGGUUAUGAAUAAAUAUGUCCUCUCCGGCACCGAUUUCAACCUCAAUUUCUUUCUCCUUUGCAUUCAGUCUCUCGUCUGCAUCAUUGCGAUUCAAACAUGUAAAACGAGCGGUUUGAUCACCUACCGCAAUUUCAGCCCGGAUGAGGCGAGGAAGUGGUUCCCCAUCACUUUACUCCUGAUUGGCAUGAUCUACACCGGCUCCAAGGCCCUUCAAUUUCUCUCCAUUCCGGUGUACACCAUCUUCAAGAACCUGACCAUCAUCCUGAUUGCCUAUGGAGAAGUGCUGUGGUUCGGUGGCUCCGUCUCUGGACUCACCCUUUUCUCUUUCGGUCUCAUGGUCUUCAGUUCGCUCAUCGCCGCGUGGGCCGAUAUCAAGCAUGCCGUGGAGAGCAGUGCCGAUGCGACCGCCAAGGUUUCCACGCUCAAUGCUGGAUACGUCUGGAUGCUGGUCAACUGCCUCUGCACGUCGUCUUACGUCCUUGGCAUGCGCAAGAGGAUCAAGUUGACUAACUUCAAGGACUUUGACACCAUGUUUUACAACAACCUUUUGUCGAUUCCCGUCCUGCUCGUGUGCACCUUUAUGAUGGAAGACUGGUCGUCCGCCAACAUCACCCGCAACUUCCCUCCUGCCGAACGUAACAACAUCCUGUUUGCGAUGAUCCUGUCUGGUCUGUCGUCCGUGUUCAUCUCGUACACCUCCGCCUGGUGUGUUCGUGUGACUUCCUCGACCACUUACUCCAUGGUUGGCGCUCUCAACAAACUGCCCAUCGCAGUAUCGGGACUGGUCUUCUUCGAUGCCCCUGUGACAUUCCCCAGCGUGUCGGCCAUCUUCGUCGGUUUCGUCAGUGGUAUCGUCUACGCCGUCGCCAAGAUCAAGCAGAACGCGAAGCCCAGGACUGGCAUGCUACCCACAUCCAACCCUGUCAGCGCCAGCAGCCAGAGCAUGAGAGACUCGCUGCGUUCGUAA